AGACACCGCGCAAACCGGCGCGUCCCAACCGGCCACAGACACCUGUUCCACCAACCCCACUCUGCUCCCUUCAAAACAGUGCUGCCGCCCCUCCCGCCCCUCCCUGGCGCCUCGACGAAGUCUCGCGAGAUUUCUCAGUUCCUCGGCUCCUCCGCGAAGUCUCGCGAGAUUCCUCUGCCUCCUGCCCCGGCUCCUCAGCGAAGUCUCGCGAGACUUCUUAGCUCCCGGCGCCUCCGCGAAGUCUCGCGAGAACUCGCGCCGCUCUUCCCCGCUCUCGCGAGCACGGCUCUCUCUCUGCCCUGCGCACGCCGACGGGAUGCCUUCCAGACUAAGGAAGACCCGGAAGCUGAGGGGACACGUCAGCCACGGCCACGGCCGCGUUGGCAAACACAGGAAACAUCCUGGAGGUCGUGGUAAUGCUGGUGGUAUGCACCAUCACAGGAUUAACUUUGAUAAAUACCACCCCGGUUACUUUGGAAAAGUAGGAAUGAGGCACUAUCACUUAAAGAGAAACCAAAAGUUCUGUCCUACUCUCAAUUUGGAUAAACUCUGGACACUGGUCAGUGAACAGACAAGGGUCAAUUACGCAAAAAACGAGGCUGGACUGGCCCCAGUCAUUGAUGUUGUGCGCUCGGGCUACUACAAAGUCCUGGGCAAGGGGAAGCUGCCCAAGCAGCCUGUAAUUGUGAAAGCAAAGUUCUUCAGUAGAAGAGCAGAGGAGAAGAUCAAAGCAGUUGGUGGUGCCUGUGUCCUUGUGGCGUGAAGGCCUUUGUUUUAUUAAAAAAAUUUGAAUAAAGACAAUAUGUAAAAAUGA